UUGUCUCAACCAAAUUAACAAGUGAAAAUUUUGAAGUAUUUGUGAGCCCCUCCUGGGUACUAUUUCACAAGAAAGAUAAGAAAUCUUCUCCAGUUAGCUGUUCUUGAUGAAAAACAGGAGUGCAACAACUGAAGUUCAAAAUUCAUAGUCAACUUGCUGAUCUUCCCAAUCAUAACUCAUAAUACACUCAACAAAGUAGAAAGGGAGACAAGCCGCGCGUGCUUCCGGAGACCAGCAAUGGAGGGAGGAUCUCAGUGUCAAAAUCUCGAGGCUAAUAUCUCAUCUAGUGUCACUGGACAUCAUUUGGACCAGCAGUUAGCAUCUGUUUUUUAUGCAACUGAGGACUGUUUAGACUUUCCAGAAGAAUAUGAGUAUGACAUUUCUACUAUGAGCUCUUCACAGGUUCCUGAGCCUAAUGAUGUACAGAUUCCAUCAAAUCAAUCAUCCAGGUAUAACUUUGUCUCUGAAACCAGUUUACAGACAAUUCUGAUGAAACCUGAUUUCUGCAGCAAUGAACACUAUAAAUUUUGUGAAAAGUUUAGAAAGUGUCUUUCUAGCAUUAAUUUGAGAGGAGGUGAGUUUCUUUCACAUGAUGAGCAUAACAAGUUACUUGAAGAAAAUUCCAACUUGAUUGGAACACACCUUCAACUUCCUUCUGAUAAACAAAACAAUCCUAAUCGGAUAUUCUCUUCUCAACAAGAGAAAUCUUCUCCAAGAGAUUUGGGAGUUGCUUCUUUUACUUCAAGUAGUAGUUGUGCAUCUUCCGGACCUAGUCUCUCAAGUAAAAAAAGAAUUAGAUGGACUCAAGAUCUUCACAAUAAGUUUGUCCAUUGUGUCAACAGUCUUGGUGGUGCUGAGAAGGCAACACCGAAGGCGGUACUGAAGAUGAUGGAAUCAAAAGGAUUGACAAUCUUUCAUGUUAAAAGUCAUUUGCAGAAGUAUCGAUCUGAGAAGUAUAUGCGCAGAUAUAAACAAGAUAAAACUCUGUGGCAGGGAAAAAAUGAAAGAAUAACCAAUGACAUACCUCAUCUCUACAUGAAAAACAACAUGCAAAUCAACGAAGCACUGAAAUUGCAACUAGAUGUUGGGAAGCAUCUUCAUCAACAGCUAGAGAUUCAGCGACAUCUACAGCUGCAAAUUGAGGAAAAUGGGAGGCAGCUGACGAUGAUGCUGCAGCAACAACGGAAAAUAAUGAAAUUUAGGUACAUCCUGUUUGAAGCCUGUAUAAGCCUAUCACAUCGACUCUCUCAUACACAGCACAGAGGUAGAAUAGAGAAAGCUAAGAAAAGCCUAAAAAUGGAAGAUAUGAAGAAGAGGAAGAUGGAGGAGGCAAGCAACGGCGCUCAAAUCUCAACAACCCAAGAGCACCUCCGUUCUCUUCUCGACCCUCUCAGCAAAUCCCAGCUCGUCGAUCUUCUCUCUAGACUAGGGUCCCAAUAUCCUUCCAUUGCAGAAGAAAUUAAAAGUGUAGCCAGUGCAGAUCCAGUACAUCGAAAGCUUUUUGUUCGUGGCUUGGCCUGGAAUACCACUUCAGAAACCUUGUGUGCUGCCUUUCGAGUGCAUGGUGAAAUAGAAGAAGGGGCUGUCAUUUAUGACAAAGCAACAGGAAAAUCUCGCGGCUAUGGUUUCAUUACUUACAAACAUAUGGAAUCAACACAAAGUGCACUGGCAGCACCUAGCAAAUUGAUUGAUGGUCGGAUGUCUGUCUGUAAUUUAGCAUGUGAAGGAUUAAGCGGGGCAAGUACUACACCAGAUUCAGCCCAGAGAAAACUCUAUAUUGGGGGUUUGUCACCAGAGAUCUCAAGUGAGAUGCUGCUCAACUUUUUUGGAAGGCAUGGUGAGAUUGAAGAAGGUUCAGUUGCCUAUGACAAAGAUACCAAUGAAUCACGUGGGUUUGGAUUUGUUACAUAUAAGACGGUGGAGGCUGCAAAGAAGGCCAUAGAAGAUCCACAGAAGACACUUGGGGGGAGAACUAUCAUUGUUAAGCUCGCUGAUACUCACAAGGCCAAAACAGUACAAACGCAAUUGCCUGGACCAGUGGUUACAGUACCCUUGCCAAUGGCAGCUGGAUACACACAGCCUGGAAAAGAACAUCCUGGUGCUGCACCUGUUGGCUAUUCCUAUCCUCAAACUAUGGCAUCAUACCCUGCUUCUUCUUACCCAAGUACUCCCACAGCACCUGCUCCAUAUCCUCCAGUGUCUCAAAUUUCGUAUGCACCACCAGUUGCUGUCAAUAAAGAGCCAGUCGGACUUUCACCACCAACACCCAUGGGAAUGGGUGGAUACCCUUACUACCUUCCUAAACAAUAAUUUGGUCUCAAUGAAAUCUUACUGAUGUUAAAGUUUAUGCCCCCUUACCCCCUACUGAUUCUUUUUAUUUUCUACUAGUUGUAGCUAAGUGCGGUAAUUUUGUCAUCAAGUAGACUUUUCUAUAGUUCUACUAGGGUAGGUGUCUAUAGCUCGACUGUUGUAAUUUAAGGUAUGAAUAAUUGAAUUGCUCAGUGGGAUGUCAUUUCUCAUAUAAAUUGAUUCAAUUUCUUUUUC